UUAAUCGAUGUGGUGAUAACAUCUUUUCUAAAAACGGAGUGCAGGGAAUAUAAUUUGACAAAGAGAAAGAGCUACACUCUUUUGUCGUCACAGCGAUUAAAAUGAGCUCGAUCCGUAGCUUAAUCCUCCUGGUGGCUCUUGCUAGCUUUUGUGCCGCGCAGAGUGAGCCCACUAUUUUCCCGGUUCGAGUCUCCAUCUUCUACUCGGUUUAUUGUGAAAAUUGCAGAGGAUUUCUAACUGGGAAAUUCGCACCUUUUUAUGACACUUUCAAGUCAUGGAUUGAUCUCGAUUUGAUCCCGUUUGGAAACUCCACGGAUUUAGGUGGAUUUGAAUUUUCAUGCCCAGAGGGCACAGAUGAGUGCAUUGCCAACAAAUGGCACACUUGUACCGACAGAAUUUACAAAGGUAGAUAUCCCAAAGAGGUGGCCGCUUUUGUCAACUGCACCCUUUGGAGGGAUGACGGUUUCUUUGAAGACGUCCAAAAGUGCGCCGAGGAAAACUACCUAACCUUCCUUCCAAUCCAGCAUUGUGUGAACGAGUUAGAAGGCAAAAUUCACUUGGCGGCAAACGCGGCAAGAACCAAAAACCACGAGCCUGCUAUCACUUCCUACCCAACAAUUGAGUUUAACGGGACUUAUGACCAAGAGCUGCACGAUUUGGCUGUAAAAGAUUUCAAAGCUGCAAUUUGCUCACAGCUGAAGGACCCACAAACCGGAGCCGGGCCCAAGGCUUGUAAUUUUGGCACUAUGAUUACGCCUUUCCUAAGCGUUCUAUUGCUCUCUCUUUGGAUUCUAUUGAAAUUAUAGGCGUUAAUUAUCUCAUUAAACUACGGCUGGAACUAAUAAAAAUGUGAAAAAUUUCCAUUUUGAGAACAGCAACAAAAAUUUGUAUUUUCCAGCUUCACAAUUUUAAAAGUUUUUUUGAAAAAAUUUGAUAGAAUUUUUUUUCAAAGCUGUAACUACACAAAAAAUAAAAAUGUAUAUAAUUUAUGGUCUUGCUAGUACACAUAAAAUAUUUUUUUAACCAACUCGAACAGUUCAGGCCUUUUUUGAUUUGAACACAUUUAUAGCCACAAUUCUUAAGAAGCUAACUGAGGUGGUCAGAGCGAUGAAAUCAUUAUUUUUAUACAAAGAAUUUUG